AUGCCGAUGCUCGCAGACCCCUCAAUCAAGUACAAAAAGUUCCCGUCCAUGAACUUGCCCAACCGGCAAUGGCCUUCAAAGUCUCUGGACAAGGCUCCUAGAUGGUUGGCCACUGAUCUGCGCGACGGAAACCAGUCUCUUCCCGAUCCGAUGUCGGUCCAGGAGAAAGAGCUCUUCUUCGACAAGCUCGUCGAAAUCGGAUACAAGGAGAUUGAGGUCGCUUUCCCCUCGGCUUCGCAAAUAGAUUUUGACUUCACCCGGGGCGUCGUCAAGCGUGCGCCCGAUGAUGUCUGGAUCCAGGUUCUUUCGCCCUGCCGCGAAGAGCUCAUCCGUCGCACUAUCGACUCCCUCAAGGGAGCAAAGAAAGCCAUCGUUCACCUGUACCUCGCUACCUCUGAGUGCUUCCGGAGAAUAGUCUUUGGCAUGUCGGAGGAUGAGAGCGUGGAGCUUGCUGUGCGCUGCACCAAGUUGGUCAGAUCGUUGACCAAGGACGAUCCCUCUACCGCCGGAACCGAAUGGCAAUACGAGUUCUCUCCCGAGACCUUCUCCGACAGCUCGCCCGAGUUUGUCAUCCGAAUCUGCGAGGCCGUCAAGGAGGCCUGGGGUCCGACCGAGGAGAACAAAAUCAUCUUCAACCUGCCCGCCACCGUCGAGAUGUCGACUCCCAACGUCUACGCCGAUCAGAUCGAGUACUUUUGCACAAACAUCAGCGAGCGCAACAAGAUCGCCGUCUCUCUGCACCCGCACAACGACCGCGGCUGCGCUGUCGCAGCUGCCGAGCUUGCGCAGAUGGCGGGCGCAGACCGUGUCGAGGGCUGCUUGUUUGGAAACGGCGAGCGGACCGGAAACGUCGAUCUCGUCACCCUUGGAUUAAAUCUGUACACACAGGGUAUCUCCCCCAAAAUUGACUUCAGCGAUAUCUUGUCGAUCAUCAAGGUCGUCGAGCAGUGCAACAAGAUCCCCGUCCCCGAGCGCUGGCCUUACGGUGGCCAGCUCGUCGUCUCCGCCUUCUCCGGAUCCCACCAGGACGCCAUCAAGAAGGGCUUCAACAACCGUACCGAGAGUGUCAAGGCUGCCAUCACCGACGGCUCGAUCGAGACCGCGGACGAGUUCAAGUGGCAGAUUCCCUACCUGCCUUUGGAUCCCAAGGACAUCGGCCGUACCUACGAGGCCGUCAUUCGCGUCAACUCCCAGAGCGGCAAGGGCGGUGCUGCCUGGAUCAUCCUCACACAGCUCGGCCUCGAUCUGCCCCGUGGCUUACAAAUCGCAUUCUCAAAGAUUGUCCAGAAAGAGGCCGAAAAGGUCGGUCGCGAGCUCAAGAGCGCCGAGAUCGAGGCGCUGUUCAGAAAGGAGUACAUCGACAACGGCUUCACGCUCAAGGACUACGACACCAUCCGCGUCGAUGCCGACACCCGCAAGUUUGUCGGUGUCGUCGAGGUCGACGGCCGCGAGAUCAAGCUGAGCGGCACCGGCAACGGUCCUAUCUCCGCCUUCACCGACGCCCUGUCAAACGGCUUCGGCGUCAAGGUCGAGGUCUGGGAUUACAAGGAGCACUCUAUCGGCCAGGGUUCCAAGGUGCGUGCCUCGACCUUCAUCGAGAUCAAGGUUAACGGACAAAAGGCAAGAUGGGGUGUCGGCAUCCACGAGGACGUCGUCCAGGCCUCGAUCUUGUCCAUCCUCUCUGGCUUUGCUGGGUUCCUAUAA